UAAGGACGCCGAUUCUUCUGUCAUGUCUGUUUUCUUGUGGUGAUUUAUCUGAUUUUUCACCGCAAUCGUGGGUCAAAAGUGUUCAUAUUGUCGUUUUUGACGGUAACUAGGUCCCUUAACGAGAUAACAUGUGAAGAAGGCAUUCAGUGCCUUUCUUAAUCACAAAUACACAGAGCAGGCGCUCAUGCAAACAACACAGUUAUUUCACAAACGAAAACUAUUCUGAAAGGAACUUGGAUCAAAUCAAGGAUGUCGCAAACGAAAAUGAAACCUACUCGCGCCCUUGGGUCUGUUCGGGCAGUCCAGACGAUGGCCACAAGGCGGAACUCUUACACAAAUGGCUCGAAUCUUCCGGGAGUGUCCGGAAAUGCCAUGGCUGUGCCUCCUCCUAAGGAGAGGGAGGAGAGAAAGAGGUCUACACCAAACACUGGACCAGCCUCUUCGGCUCGCUCGGAUACUAGCAGCCGAUCUGAUGAACUUGCCGAUAAGAAGGAACUUAGAGAUGCCUUGGCACGUGAGCGUAAACUCAAGGAGAAGUUAUCGGCGCUUCAGAAGGUAAUCGAUGAACUGAGGGAAGAGGUCAAGAAGAAGGAUGGAGCAAUCGAAAGCCUUGAAUUGUCUGUAGUGGAGCACAAACAAAAGGCCCAAAACUUUGAGAAACUUUACGAGCAAGAGAAGGCAGAUCACAAGGUAACCAAGAAACAAGUAGAAGAGGUCCGGGGCGACUUAAAUGCCAAGAUAUCUUAUAUUGACACAUUGGUCUCUGCUCAUGAAACCAGGAUGAGAGAUCUCGAAACUAAGAUGGAGAGGAGGGUUAAAGAAGUCGCUGAAGAAAAAGACAAAGAGAUCGCAAUAAGAGAUGAAAAGUUGGCAAGGAUGAAGAAACAAAUGGCAGAUGCUUUGCAAGGGAAUUCAUGGGAGAGGCAACAACAGCUGGAAGAAUUAACAAAGGAGUUAUCUAGAAUACAAGAAGAGGCCGAUUCUUUAAGAAUAAAGUUAAAAGCUUAUAAAGGAAAAAACCAGAGUGGUUGCCCAAAUUGUCAAGACAUGUCGAGCAAACUGGAGAAAUCGAAUAAAAUCGUCAAAGAAAAAGACAAUGCAAUUCGUGAACUGAAAGCCAUUUCUAUGCAGUUUGAGAAACAACUCGGGGCGUCAGAUAAACUUUUGGAAGAGUUUGCUCAGUCAAAAGGCUACAAAGGACCAGGACGAGGGGUACCGAAAUAGUUUCCAUGACUUAAGUCGGUAUAAAAGACUGUUAAACGUUGUAGUCAAAGACUAUUUCAUGGUGGUGGUAUUCACAAGAAAUAGAUGAAAUAGCGGUAGGCAGUUUUUGGAUUCACUCCGGGGGGGGCAGAACUCGCUAUUGUUGUUGUUGUUGUUGUUGUUGAGACAGAUGCGGCCUUGCUGAACCCUGCAAACAGCCCUGCAAAAGUCCUAGUCAGUAGCCCCUUGCUGAAAACGGCGAGUAAUGAGUAUGUCUAAACUCUACUAAUUCAUAUUUUUUAUGCAAAUUGAUAAAAAUUCCUGUUUUAGAAGUAAGCUUUGUACAUUGCAGUAACUUGAAAAAACAGAACUACCCUGAGAAGGUUGUCCUUAGACCAGAAAAACUGGGCCGUGUGCAAGUUAUCUCUGUUUGUGAUCAGAUUGGUCGAAUGGAAUAAUGAAAUUGUCAUGAAAUGGGCAUUUUUGCCUCAUGGAUGUCGAACUAACCGGUGACAAAGAGAAUAUUUGAAUGUAUCUAAAGUACAGAAGUAAUUUAGUUGGACUGAUACUGCUGAACAACGUUAAGGUUGUUUUGACCAUGUGUUUUUGGUGUUGUCGGUAUAGUUUUUAACUUUUGAUUUACAAAUGCUCAAUGCAGCCUAUGGAAGGCAAUCCGUCCAUUCAUAUUACCGGUAGUGUUUUCUAGAUUUCUUACUAUUUUGUGGUCAUUAUUUUAAUCCGUCCAUGGAAAAUGAAGCAGACAGACCAAUUUGUGAUUGUGUUUUGUUGUUUCCAGUACCUUGAUUAUUUAAAGGAGGAGAGGUGUAAUUACUGACAGCCAAUGCCCUCCCAAAAAAACCCUCAAGAGUAGCCAUCAGUAAGUCACACAGUUUUUCUUUCUGUCUGAAGUUAAUAGGGUAGUUAAAUGAAAGUAUGACUUUUGGUUGCAAUCACAGUCAUAAGUACAGCUACAUGUAGCUUAAGGUGAAAAUAUUUUUGAUUUGCCAUAUUGCCACUUUAAUUGUGUAAUAUCUUUUUGUUUUUGUAAAUAAUAAACAUGGUUCAAAG